AACCUUAGCACAACAGUUCCCAAUUUGGCAGUGCCACCGCUACACGACAUCGAGCGAGCAGCGUAUAUUGGAUAAGCGCAGAAGAUUUUAUUUUCCCAUUGUCCCAUCCAACUUCUACUAACCCAGCUGAUUCUGAUCUGAUCACCUUCUUUCCUUUCUUUCCCCUUUACAAAUAAACUCUUUCCUCCACUUACAUCUCUACAAGCAAUUGAAUUUUGUUCCCUCAUCUUUUAAUUGCUAAUCACAAUCAAUCUUUUCACAAGUUUCAUUCCAUGUCUCCUUCUUCAGAUUCUAUAAACCCACGAGAUGUUUGUAUCGUGGGUGUUGCUCGUACGCCUAUGGGUGGUUUUCUUGGUUCACUUUCUUCCUUCUCAGCUACAAAACUCGGUUCCAUAGCUAUUCAGGCUGCUAUUAAAAGGGCAAACGUCGAUCCAUCUCUUGUCCAAGAGGUCUUCUUUGGCAAUGUUCUCAGUGCUAAUUUAGGACAAGCUCCUGCAAGGCAGGCUGCUUUAGGUGCGGGUAUACCCAAUUCAGUGAUUUGUACCACCAUUAAUAAAGUUUGUGCAUCGGGGAUGAAAGCUACUAUGCUUGCUGCACUGACUAUUCAAGCGGGUAUCAAUGAUAUUGUUGUGGCUGGUGGAAUGGAAAGCAUGUCUAACGCGCCCAAAUAUCUUGCAGAAGCAAGAAGGGGAUCUCGACUAGGACAUGAUACCAUUACUGAUGGCAUGCUGAAAGAUGGCCUGUGGGAUGUAUAUAAUGACUUUGGAAUGGGAGUUUGUGCAGAAAUAUGUGCUGAUCAACAUAAUAUUACAAGAGAAGAACAGGAUUCUUAUGCCAUUCGGGGCUUUGAACGUGGAAAUUCUGCACAAAAUGGUGGUGUUUUUUCCUGGGAAAUAGUUCCUGUUGAAGUUUCUGGGGGACGAGGGAAAUCAGUUAUGGUUGUUGACAAGGACGAAGGUUUAAUAAAGUUUGAUGCUGCCAAACUGAGGAAACUCAGACCAAGUUUCAAGAAUGGUGGUUCGGUUACAGCUGGAAAUGCUUCUAUCAUAAGUGAUGGUGCAGCUGCAUUAGUCCUGGUGAGCGGAGAAAAGGCAAUUGAGCUUGGAUUGCAAGUGAUUGCUAGGAUAAGAGGAUAUGGUGAUGCUGCUCAGGACCCUGAGUUAUUUACAACAGCACCAGCACUUGCGAUACCAAAAGCUAUUUCAAAUGCUGGGUUGGAGGCUUCCCAGAUUGAUUAUUAUGAAAUAAAUGAAGCAUUUUCUGUUGUGGCCCUUGCCAAUCAGAAGAUACUUGGUCUUAAUCCUGAAAAAUUAAAUGUUCAUGGAGGAGCUGUAUCUUUGGGACAUCCAUUAGGAUGCAGUGGAGCUCGUAUCUUGGUCACAUUAUUAGGGGUACUUAGACAUAAAAAUGGUAAGUAUGGGGUUGCUAGCAUUUGCAAUGGAGGUGGAGGGGCAUCUGCCCUUGUUCUUGAGCUCAUGUCAGUUGGAAGGGUGGGACGUUCGUUGUUAUGAUCAAAUCGGUCACUCUAACAUCAGCAUCCUACUGCAUUAAGGUUUGUUAGAUAAUGGAUCUAACUGAAGAUUAUCUAUGAUCGAUGAUCUGUUUAUGAUAUAUAUGUGGGAAGAAGGGGGAAUAAUGGAAUAGACAAAAAAGAAUAUAGUUAUAUUGUAUCAUAACAACGAAGGAAUAAAUUUAAUUGGUUAUUAAAAAUCAAUAUUUUAUUAUAUUAAAUAAUUACGUUUAUACAUGUAGCAGUAGGAACUUAAUAGAAUUUUCACUUUGUAGUAUUUGCAUGAGAUUGUACGUAUUCUUGCCCUGAAUAAUAAAUGUUCUUACAUAUAAGAAUUGGGAAAAUUGUAAUUAAACAUCACAUAUAAUUUAAUUAAAUAUUAUGUAAAUUACUUGAAA